CUCCUUUCCCGAACAGCGGCUGGUAGUCGAGCCUUAGUGAUACCAAAAUGAGAUAGAGUGUUCAUGUUUUAUCAUUGCUGAGAAAGAACGUGAGCUGCUGAAGACGGUAGUUUGUCAGUGUUCAGUCCUCUUCGUUAUUAAGUUACCCAAGCCUGACCAGCUGUACAGGCUAUGACGACCUCGUCGCAUGAUAAAAGGGAGGCAAUUUCGGCCACAAGCUGUCAAAACAUCACGAUUUCUUGAACGCCUUCAGCUAUGCUAUAACUCUUUAAAAGAAGUCGACCGUAAAAAAAAGUACUUUGCCGUCGUAAUAGAUUAACUAUGACUUACAAUUUCGUUGUUGGAGCCGACAGAUACAACUUUUUUUCAUAACUUGGGAGUAAACCGAACGCUGUUUUAGCAAAACGUUUUAAAACUAUUUUCGUUUAUAAAUAUAUCAGACAAACAGGAUGUUUUGCCAAUUGCGCCGAGAAGAAAUUGCUCGCUUUGACAUUUAGCUGUAUUGUUAUGCAAAAGAUUAUGGUAAAUUCGUAAUGAACCUGCCAAUAUGCAGAAUAGCCGUCGAAGCUUCUCGCUACAAUCGGCACUCGCAGCAACUCGGCGAAACAGUGAUGGCGGUCUAUGCGGUCUUGAUAAUCUUCCUGGUCUCAUAUGUUGUUAAUAAGAUCGAUGCAACCUCGUAUGCAAGUCUUAGCUCCGCCGAUGAAAACUUCAAGCUACAAUGGACCUACAAUAGCAGCAAGUUUAUAUUCAAGAUGACUUGCAAAACCACAGGCUGGUGUGCUGUGGGAUUCACCACCACUGCUGAUGGAAGAGGCAUGGUCGAUUACGAUAUAGCGGUUGCUGGGUACGCUUCUAGUGCGGGUUAUAUUGAUGAUCGUUGGAGUACCUCGACAACCCUGCCUUCAAAUGAUACAGAGCAAAACUUCAACCUCAUGAUGGCAAGUGAACAGGACGGACAGACCAUGGUGGAGUUUUCCAGAGACGCGCUUACAGGCGACACUGCCAAUGAUGUGCAGUUUAAGAAUGAUACUGAAGUCAAAGUUGUAUAUGCUUACAACACCAGCAGUGAUGCAAAUGGUGGCCUACGUUCAAAGCACACUAACAGAGGGAUUUUAGAUGGAAAGCACAACCUGAUACUGAUGGCAAUAUCCGCCAUGCAGCCAUCUUCCACAGUGAUGCCUCCAACUUCAUCAGAGGAUUCAGGUGGCUCCACGGUGAAGCCUCCAUCUUAUGCAGUUUUCUCCUCCCCUGAUGGCUUCUUCAAGCUACAAUGGACUUAUAACAACAGCACGUUGACAUUCAAAAUGACUUGUAAAACUACGGGCUGGUGUGCUGUAGGAUUUACCACAACUGGUGAUGGAAGGAACAUGGAGAAUUACGAUAUAGCGGUUGCUGGGUACGCUUCUGGUGCAGGGUAUAUUGAUGAUCGUUGGAGUACCUCGAGAAUCCUGCCUUCAAAUGAUACAGAGCAAAACUUCAACCUCAUGAUGGCAAGUGAACAGGACGGACAGACCAUAGUGGAGUUUUCCCGAGACGCGCUUACAGGCGACACUGCCAAUGAUGUGCAGUUUAAGGAGGAUACUGAAGUGACUGUUGUGUGGGCCUCACUUACUAGCUCCGAUGCAGAUUCUGGCCUGUCAAAACACACUAAGACAGGAAUACUGAGCGGUAAACAUAACCUGAUUAAGGAAGCGAUCUCAGCCAUGCAACCAAAAGCGACCCCACCCAUCCCAACAGAUUCAGCUGGUGUGAUUGUGUGCUGUGACAGGCCAGAAUCUGCAUCAGAGCUUGCAUGA